GUCUUCCUUUUGGCGGGAGGUGGGACCCACCAAUCAAAAUCUCCUCUUCCUCAAGUCUCUUUCUCAUAAAUACCUCCCAACUUCCCCACUCUUCCAAACCCACCACCACCAUCACCUCACUCCUCCGCCAACCACCACCUCCAUGUGGAGGGAUCCUCCACAUCUCUCCCGAUUUGUUCUUUAUACACGAAACAAAACACUCACUCACUUCUAAAAACUAAACACACGUUACUCCAAAAAAGACUAAACCAACACAAUUCAAAAUGAGGGAACUUUCUCUGCUUCUAAUUAUUUUUCUCUCUCUUCAAAACCUUAACUUCACAUUUUCUCUCUCCUCCGACGGCCUCUCUCUCCUCUCGCUAAAAUCCGCGGUGGACGACGGCGGCGCCUUCCCCGACUGGAACGAGAACGACACCACUCCGUGCCACUGGACCGGAAUCUCCUGUAUGAACGUCACCGGAUUCCCGGACCCCCGCGUCGUCGGCAUCGCAAUCGCAGGCAAGAGUCUCCGGGGAUACAUCCCGUCGGAGCUUGGAGCUCUGGUAUACCUCCGGCGACUCAACCUCCACGGGAACAACUUCUACGGCGCCAUACCUGAGCAGCUCUUCAACGCCACCUCACUCCACAGUAUAUUCCUCUACUCCAACAAUCUCUCCGGCCCUCUGCCUCCGUCUAUCUGCCACAUCCCUCGCCUACAGAACCUCGAUCUCUCAAAGAACUCUCUCUCCGGUUCGAUUCCGAGAGAUCUACGCAACUGCCGGCAACUGCAGCGGCUCAUUCUCACUGGAAACAAGUUUUCCGGCGAGAUUCCAGCGGGGAUCUUCCCGGAGCUGGCGAAUUUGGUUCAGAUCGAUCUGUCAUCGAAUGCUCUCAACGGAUCGUUGCCGGAAGAUAUUGGCGAGCUGAAAUCGCUGUCGGAGACUCUCAAUCUCUCUUUCAAUCAUUUCUCCGGAAAAAUUCCCAAAUCUAUGGGGCAUUUGCCGAUGACAGUGAGUUUUGAUCUCCGAAACAACAGUUUGAGCGGCGAAAUUCCUCAGACCGGUUCGUUUGCGAAUCAAGGUCCGACGGCGUUUCUCAAUAAUCCGUUGUUGUGCGGAUUUCCGUUGAAAAAAUCAUGUCAAAAUGGUACCCGAACUUCGCCUGUAAAUCAGAAUCCGUCGCCGGAAUCUGACGACAGUGAUAGGGGAGAAGGGCUGAAGCCAGGGCUGAUCAUAUUGAUCUCUGUGGCCGAUGCAAUUGGAGUCGCAUUUAUAGGUCUAGUGGUUGUUUAUUUGUAUUGGAGGAGAAAAGACUCACACGGUUGUAGCUGCACUAGGAGAGGAAAAUUGGGUGGAAAUGAGAAAGGAUUAUUGUGUUCAUGUCCUUGUAUUAAUGGGUUUCCGAGUAAUGACUCGGAAGCGGAGUCAGAUAAAGGAGGAGGUGGUGGCGGCGGCAGCGGCGUUGGCGGUGGAAGUGGCAGUGGUGGUGCCGGUGAAGGCGAGCUGGUGGCAAUUGAUAAAGGGUUCAGUUUUGAGCUGGAUGAGCUCCUGAGGGCAUCAGCUUAUGUGUUGGGGAAGAGUGGGUUGGGGAUUGUGUACAAAGUUGUGCUCGGAAAUGGGAUUCCGGUGGCGGUGAGGAGGUUGGGUGAAGGUGGUGAGCAGAGGUACAAGGAAUUCACGGCGGAGAUUCAGGCAAUCGGAAAGGUAAAGCACCCCAAUGUUGUGAAGUUGAGAGCUUAUUAUUGGGCUCCGGAUGAAAAACUUCUCAUUAGUGAUUUCAUCUCUAAUGGCAAUUUGGCUUCUGCUGUCCGUGGGAGAACUGGUCAGCCAUCAUCAUCAAGUCUUUCGUGGUCAGUUAGGCUAAGAAUUGCAAAGGGAUCAGCCCGGGGCUUGGCCUACCUCCAUGAAUGUAGUCCCAGGAAGUUUGUCCAUGGAGACAUCAAACCAUCCAACAUUCUCCUUGACAAUGAAUUCCAACCUUACAUUUCCGAUUUUGGCCUCAACCGGCUGGUUAACAUAACUGGCAGCAAUCCCUCUUCCUCUGGUGGCUUUAUUGGUGGAGCUCUUCCAUAUUUAAAAUCCACCCAACCGGAGAAAUCCAACAAGUACCAAGCACCAGAGGCUCGGGUCUCUGGCAAUCGACCUACCCAAAAAUGGGAUGUGUAUUCAUUUGGAGUUGUAUUGCUUGAAUUACUAACUGGAAAGUCUCCGGAGCUUUCAUCUCCAACGACAUCAACUUCCACAGAAGUGCAGGAUCUAGUAAAGUGGGUGAGGAAGGGAUUUGAAGAGGAAACUCCACUAUCAGAUAUGGUAGACCCGUUGUUGCUUCAAGAAGUGCAUGCCAAGAAGGAAGUACUAGCAGCUUUUCAUAUAGCCCUCGCCUGCACUGAGGGGGACCCCGAGGUUCGGCCUAGGAUGAAAACUGUCUCUGAAAAUCUCGAAAGAAUUGGAGCAUAAGAAUAUAUAUGGUUUUCCAUCAACAUAAUAAUCAAGGAAAUUCCGGUUUUCUUGAUUUAUCAGUAGGCGACAGUGCCAUUCUGUUCCUGGCAAAUUUUGUAAGUUGGUGCAAUUAAUUCUUAAAGCUUUUUUGGCCUCCCAUAAUUUCUGAAAUUCUCAGAAUCCAAGUUACCGAUUUCUGGAUGUUUUUCAACACUUUUUUCAGGCAUUAUCUAGUUUUACAUUUGUUUCCCUUUUUUAGUAGUAAUUGGGAAAUUAGCUACAUUUGUAAUCUAUUAUUUUUCUUGUUCAAUCCCCUUCAGAGAUUGAUAAAAUGUUAGCAUACCACUUUUUCACUUCUCA